AUGUAUCCAGGCCUCCCAGGACUGUUUGCUGGGUUUGUGGCUGCGUCCGUGUCAUAUCAGGCGUCAGAAAGCGAAUAUGGCAUGUUCCUCUACUCAAUAUUCCCUGCCAGAGCGCCGUUGCGAGAUAGUCCCGAAUUCCAGAGUUUGGUGAGCAAAAUCGACGUGGACCCGGGGACUAACAGGACGGCCUUCAACCAGGCUUGCUUCCAGAUUGUCGCCAUUCCAUGCACUCUGGCCUUCUCAAUCAUCGGUGGCGUUAUAACAGGUACAAUAAUAAACCUUUCAUCACCAGCCACCGAUCUGUGCCUGAGGACUCUUUCUUUGAGGACGCUCUGCACUGGGAAAUUCCCAAUGAAAGUGAUGAGUCGACAGACAAAAAUGUGCCCGAAAAACAGGAGUCGACUAUAAUAAAAGUUCACGAGCCUUCUGAUACC